AUGAAGGGCAAGGCGCGUCACAAGCACGCUAUCACUGCCUCCUUUUUCUUCAACGCUCGGGGUGACGGCUUAGAAAAAUCGAUCUCGGGGAUAUAUCGAUCAUUACUGGUUCAACUACUUAAAGGGUAUACCGACCUUCAGGUUGUUUUAGACGAUUCCGAUCUGCUUCCCCGAAGUCAAAAUGAUUGCCCUUGCUUAAAUGUUCUGAAGCAGCUAUUUGCCAAUGCUGUUUGCUCCCUCGGUCAACGCUCAUUUACCUAUUUUAUCGAUGCUCUCGACGAGUGUAAUAAACAACAAGUUGUGGACAUGGUCCAGUACUUUGAAGAUCUGGCCGAACAAUCCACAGCAAAAGGGGUCCCAUUCCGAACCUACUUUUCGAGUCGACACUAUCCAUACAUCGUCAUUCAACGGGGUAUCCGACUUACACUAGAGGAUCAAUCCGGUCAUGCAGAAGACUUGACCACCUACGUCACAAGCCGCCUAAUAAUCAAAGAACCCACGCUUAUCGAAGAACUGCAACCACUAAUCCUCAGUAAAGCUGCUGGUGUUUUCAUGUGGGUUGUCUUAGUUGUUGAUAUUCUUAACAAGGAGUAUCGACGGGGUAGAAUGGCUCUAAGGAUGAGACUCGCGGAAAUACCCAGUGAUCUGAGCGAACUGUUCAAAGAUAUCUUAAGACGUGACAAUAAAAAUACAGAGGCCCUCCUGCUUUGUAUCCUCUGGAUUCUUUACGCAAAAGAUCCUUUGCGACCGCAGGAGUUCUAUCAUACCCUCUGGUCUGGUUUGUCUCUGAAGGGUUUAGUCGAUGACCGAAUUCCAGAUGUCACCGUCCUAGGUACUGGUACUGGCGUUAACAGAUUUAGCACAUAUAUCAUUAGCUCCUCAAAAGGACUUGCCGAGACCACAAAAUCUAGCCAACCUAGAGUUCAGUUCAUCCAUAAGUCUGUCCGAGACUUCCUUAUCAAGGACAAAGGUCUGUAUAAAUUGUGGCCUGAGCUUGGAUUUGACUGUGAGAGCCUAGGCCAUAAGAAACUCAAACAAUGUUGCAGCCUCUACAUGAAUAAUACCUUGAUCUGUACAUCUGUUAGCAGGCUGCCGUUAGAGUCUAACUCCAAGUGCCGGAAGGAAAUCUCAAACGAGUACCCGUUCUUACAGUAUGUCAGUCAGAAUAUCCUCUACCAUACCAACGCUGCGGCGAAAGCUAUUCCCCAAGAGGCAUUUCUGUCUUCGUUUCCUAUCCCUAACUAG